AUGAAAUUCUUCAAGUUAUGCUGCCUGUGCUUUCCGAUCAUGAUAAUCAGUGUAUUCUGGGGGCCAAUGUUCAGCCAUGGAAAUAUGGUGAGUGAAAAAGUUUUACGUAAAGUUCUACAUGUUGGUGAGGAGCUGUUCAGAGAAACAUUGGUUUUACAAAAUGGUGCUUGCCUCUAUGAAUUGCGAGGAUUGAGACCCCGUACGUGGUAUGAAGUGAAGAUAUCAUAUCCUGCUUCCAUACCUGCUAGUUUCUCUUUGCGACUAAGCCGAGGUAUUUCUGAUUUGGGUCUGAACCGAGGAGGAAGAAAAUUGCUCAACACCGAAAAAUUGAUUUUUGAGACCGACGAAAUUUUGUCAUCGGUUGAGCAGGGCAGAAUGUAUGUUCUAUUGAAUGUGGAACCGGAAGGGGUUGUUGCAAUACCGGGGAAACAGGAAAGGGAAUAUAUCAUGUUCAAUAUAGUUUGUGAUGAAUUGUUGUUGGGCAUUCCCCACAAGGCUUGGUUUGUUGUGGCUUUAGUAUUGGUUUGUUUGGUGUUUGCAUUUGUUGUUCCAUCUUUUCUUCCCCCGUUUAUGCUGCCAGAAAAGGGAAACCGACCAUUAUAUGCUCCUGCUGUUACGAAGGAUUCGUAA